GCUGGGCCCAGGAAAAUUCACAUCGGUCGUGACCCACGGGCCAACGCAAACUGACAACAAUAAGAACCCUCCUACAAACCCAUGAGUACCGUAACACCAAGCCAAUGUUGUUUUUUUUUUCCAUCUUUCCACCUUUCUUUGUUCACGGGUGGCAGAUUCUCCUGGCAAUGGCCAACUCCUUUUAUAGACGCAGAAACCCACGGUUCCCUCCUGCUUGCUUGGCUGUGUUUGUUCUCCAGAGAUAUGUUUGUUUCUUGUGCUGUUGCUUCUUCGCGGCCGGGAGGCCAUGUCUCCACUCGCUUUCGUGUUCCUCACCUGUUUCCCUUCUCCUUCUUCUUCUUCUUCUUCGUCUCGUUCUUUGUUGGAUUUGCUCACUCCUCCAACGCCACAAGAAAAGCCCCCGUCCACCACCAGCUCUCUCUCGACUUCUACUCGAAGACCUGCCCUCAGCUCGACCAGCUCGUCUCCUCCGUCACUUCCCGACGCUUCCAACAGAUCCCCGUCUCUGCACCCGCCACCAUUCGCCUCUUCUUCCAUGACUGCUUCGUUGAAGGCUGUGAUGCGUCGGUACUGAUUGCACCGAGCUCGGGUGGCAAGGUGGUGGUGGAGAGGGACGUGGGGGAUAACAAGAACUUGGCUCCAGAGGGCUUUGAGACCAUCGAUAUGGCGAAGGCAUUGGUGGAGAGCAAGUGCCCUGGAGUGGUGUCCUGUGCCGAUAUCCUCGCCGUUGCUGCUCGAGAUUUCGUCCAUCUGGCAGGAGGUCCCUAUUAUCCGGUCAUGAAGGGGAGGAAAGACAGCAAAGUCUCCCUGGCAUUCAAGGUCAGGCCCAACCUCCCCCGUGCCAACUCCACUACGGACGAGCUGCUCAGGCUCUUCGCCUCCAAAGGGCUGGGCCGAGAGGACCUCGUGGCCCUCUCCGGGGCCCACACCAUCGGCUACGCCCACUGCGACCAGUUCGUGAGCCGCCUCUACGAUUUCAAAGGCACCAAACAACCCGACCCGUUUAUGGACCCACGCCUCCUCAAAGCCCUCAAGAUGUACUGCCCCCCCUUUGGGGGCAACACGGACGUGGUCGCACCGUUCGACGUCCAAACCCCCUUCUCCUUCGACCACAUGUACUACGGGAAUCUGGAGGCCAAGAUGGGCUUGUUAUCCACGGACCAGGCUCUAUUUUUGGACCCAAGGACGAGGCCUUUGGUUCAGGAGUUGGGAAGAGAUAAGGCCAAGUUUUUUCAGGCCUUCUCUAUGGGCAUGGAAAAGAUGGGGUCCAUAAGAGUGAAGAAGGGGAACAAAGGGGAAAUUAGAAAGGAUUGUAGCAGGCAUCUUAGUUGAAUUGAUGGAGCUCUAGAGGGGUGUUGAUUGAUUCUGAAGGGCUGUUGUGAAUCAGUGUACAUUGUUUUGAGUUGAUUGAGUAUUGAGCUUCUUUUCUUUUCUUUUCUUUCUUUUUUUUUUUCUCUUUCUUUUUUUUUUCUUUUUUUUUUUUUAAUGCUAAGGCUUUUUAUUGUGUGAAAGAAACUGACAGAUUGAGCAUUUCUAGUUAUAUGGCUCGUUCUAAUUUUAUUGUCAAUGGAGGCUACAUGUGCAUGAACAGCACAGUAAUUGGGCUAGGUUGUUUGGAGCCAAUGCGAGUUAGAAGAACUGUUCACUAUCAAUGUUAAGAAGGGAAAAAAAUAAGCAAUGACGAUAUAAAUGGUAUGACUGGCAAGUGGCAGCUCAGUCUUGUAGAUG